CUGCACCAACCUGUACAUGUGGUCUGUGACCUGUACAGUGUGGACACAGAGUCGGGAGAAGAGCUCCCGUGAGCGCGCCUCGUCACCUGGUUAAGCUCUUGGAAAAUUUAUUCGGUUGUUCUUUAUUCUUUUAUAAUACAUACAAAGUCGCGAUCUACGAUUUACAACUUCGUCGAAUAAAUCUCCGUAGUUUUUAGGCAAACAAAAUAUAAAGACAAAAAAUUUGAACGAGAAAUCGUCGCGUUUGGUUCGCGUUUCAAUGAGUCUGAACGAUACAACACCCUGAAAAACGUUCGCGACGUUCUUCCGUCUCUCUUUCUCUCUCCCUCCCUCAAUGCUCCCGUUUCUUUUGCGAGACUCGGCAGACGGCCCAAUGGAUUCUUUACGAUAGCCAUACUACCUUUUUUCCUUCUCAUCCUCCUUGUUUCUUUUCUUUCAAUCUGUUUUUUUCAUCGUCAAUUUGAGAUGUAAAUUUGUGCACGUUAUCGAGGACAAUACCUCCGACUACGGAAAAUGGCUUUUCUGUGCCCGGUUCGUAUACGUCGUGGGAAGAAAAAAAAACCGGGUUCUCACAAUUUUACCCUUGAGAAGGAUGGAACGGGUUUGAGUGGGAGCGGAGGUGUUGGUCCAGGAAGCAGAGUGCCUUUACCGCCUGGAAGAAUAACAGGAAGUGCCAGUAUAGAAACUCUCGUCAGAGUCGGCAUCGAGAAAGAAAAUGGUCUCUCUCCGGACAGCAAAAUGGUUAUAGUCCAUGAUUUUACGCCUUGCGUGGACGACGAGCUUCUGGUCAAAAGAGGACAGGUUGUAAAUGUACUGUACAGAGAAAAUGACUGGGUUUACGUAAUAGCAGCAGACACAAGGAUGGAGGGUUUUGUGCCCCAUUCCUAUUGUGCACCCUACACCUCCCAAUUGGCAGAAUCAACGUUAGCUGCUCUGAUGAACAAUGUGAAGAAGAAACUGCCGAGAUCGAGUGAUAACGAAGGUGAUAUAGCGAGUACGACGCGAUCUCAAGCGAUGGAAUCACAGCACACUGACACAGGCUCUGCCUCUGAUUGUGAGAGUUACGCCCGUAACGUAACAACUGCUGAUAUUAACGUAAAUCGUUCUAAUAUAACGCAAUCGCAGAAUUCGAUUCAAACGAUACCUUCACAACCGGAUGUUCAUCCAUUUUUUAAGGAUCCUUCGGCGGGACGAUACAUAGUGCUGUAUACGUUUGUGGCGAGAGACGAAAACGACGUGAGUGUUGAAAGAGGUGAAUUCGUGACAGUACUCAAUCGUGACGACCCCGAUUGGUUUUGGGUGCUUCGACAUUGUGAUGGAAAUGAGGGUUUUGUGCCAUCGGGCUUCGUUUAUCCCGGCCAUGUGCUUCACUCGUACGCCACAACAGUGACAACCACAACGACGACGACGACGGCUGCCAACGAUCAACAUAAUUUAGUAGGAAACGGGAAUGUAACGGGAAGCGAGCAAUUGCAACAGAAGGAUUUGCGAGAAUUGAGAGACGAAACAACGGGAACGGAGCUCGUAGUACUAUACGAUUAUAAGGCGCAGGCGCCGGACGAUUUAUCGGUUAGACGAGCAGACUGGAUUUACGCUGAUCUUGGCAAUCAAACGGUAGAUGGUUGGCUGUGGGCGUAUGCGCCCAAGACGAGAAAAUACGGUUUUAUACCAAAAGCUUACGCCCGUCCUCCAGCGAUGACCAGCUUAUGAUUAUUCUUUGAAUUUUAAGCAUUUUUUGUACUCUUAAUUUUUAUACUUAUUUUCUAUCAAUACAGACCUUCUGUGUUAAUAUAUAAAUAUGUAUAUGCAUAUAUGCACAUAUUGAUAUGUAUUUACGCAUAUGCAUGUACUAAAAGAAGCGAGAAAACGGUGAUUGAGUCGAGAAACCGGGUAGAUCGACGGUCGUUGCACUGAGACAAACAAAUCUUUUGCUUUUUAAACUCGUUGUUGUAUUUUUUGUAUUUCUUUUGAAAUUUCCGGUGUUGCAAGCUGUCGGUGGUAUUGAACGGGGCUUCCUCGUCGUCCUUGAUAACGCAGCGUCAACAACGCAGUCAACGCGAAGAGAAUUAUUGAGAUUUGAUCAGUGAACAAUGACGUUGACGUUCAGCCUGGUGCAAUCCGACGUAAUGUGAUUGAUGAGACCUUCGUGAAGUAUGACGCAGUCACCCGCGAGAAAUACUUCCCGGGGACGUUGAGCUGUCCUCAACGAGUUAACAGGCCCUGUGUACGUCAGCGAUCGCACCGAUUCGUUCUCCACGUUGUCCACUGCCUUUUGUCAUCACAUUAUUAUUUUUAAUUGCCAAAAAAGAGUAUCUUAGUCGAUAUUUCGUUGGGUCAUCAUCGAUUUCUUUGGUUAUUCGCUGAUGAAAAAUGAGGCUUUUACGGACUUACUUGUAUGCUGCAUCGUAAAGUUCCCGCAGUCACGUUUCCGAUGUCCAAACCGGCUACCCACGCUAUUAUGACGUCACCACCGCUUCGACCUUCGCCACUCGUUGGAACUUCCUUCGAAUCGGUAUAACGACUCGCACAAUGUAAUCGUGCAGCCAGUACCGGGAGUGGCAAACGAUUUUGAUACUUCGGAUGAAUUUGGCUCCCGUUGAAAAGCCUCGAAGCUGGUCCCCUUUUGUUUUCAUCAGAAAUCGCGCGUAAAACACACAGUUUUUAUUUCUAUAAACAUCCUUUUGACGUUUUUUUUCUUUGUUGAUUCUUUUACUCAUGCGCCUGCUUUGACGUUUUUUUAAAGUUGUACAAAUAAAUAAAAAACUUACGAGAGUUUUCCAGAAACCAAAAGGAGGGCAAGACAUCGACUGGAGUCGCAGGACAACGCCGCAAAACUAACGAUCAGAGUGCUUUUGGCACCAGGUUCAACGCUGAGAAUUGGGACUUCCGGAUGGUCGAAAAGAAAGUGGUGAGUCAGAGCCGAGAAUGCCACGUUAACGGCGCAAUCGAGUCUCGGGCAUCGAAUCGGUCUUCUUGAGCAUUCGGUGACGAGUUGCCCGUUGACUCGAGUUUCCGAUGGCGUCGCAUCCAAAAUAGUCUCUCUGCCGCCUAUAAUGCUGCAAUAACUGCGUUGCUGAUGAUGCCUCGAUUCGUUCGGAUGACGAAUCUUCUCGCGAACUUCCGUUCGUUCGAUUUUCGUUUCCCACUCGGAAUAACAAGAAUCUAUUCUUUUAACUCCGUUCCGCUGACCACUCAUUCUCGUUCCGACAACCGGCGCUUCCGAAUGUGCUCGGGCCCAUGGGAUCCCGGGGAAAUCAUUUCCGCAAGUUUUCAUCGAACGUUCCGUCUCGAAAUCGUGCAUGUUUUUCGACGCACGAUUUUGACCACGAUUCAAACUCGAACUACUGUCAUGGGAAUCCGUCGAAUUCGAGUGCUGAGAUUCCGUACGACAAAGGACACAGCCCGUAUCUUUAAAAAGUCAUAAAAUCAUGCAAUAAAUCUUUGGACUUUCACACAAGAUUGAUAAAAUUGCAAGAAAGUUACAGGCACAGCCAACGGGAUAAGAUUACUCGAUGAAUUUUGGAUGGAGUUGAUGGUAUUACCUGAUCGAAUUGCAAAUCGUUGAACGCAACGUCGGCAGAGUAAAUGGCCUUGAUCACAGGAGCGAGGUUGCUCAAAAUCGUGACUGUCGUUACCGGAGCCAGUAACUCCCGUUACGCUCAGAUUGCAAACGGCACAUACCGCGCCUUGCGAACUUGGAUACCGUGGACCAUCAUCUUGUGCGAGAAUAUCAUUGUGAUCACCGAUCUCGUCGUCUUCGUCAUCCUCGUAAUCGUUUUUACGCGCACGUAAACUUUGUCUCUCUUGCGGAUCUCGCUCGUCCCCGGAUUGUCGCAAAGCGCCUCUCAUUAUACGGAAAUCCGAAUCCUUCGAGUUUUUAGAAUGAAUUUUUAUACGAAGUUGUUGUUGGCACUCCUCAUAUUAGUCUGACAAUUCGUCUAAUUUUGUCUAACAAAAUUCCAUUCAGCCUUGAAGUUAUUUUUAAAGCAACAAUAAACAAAUAUUGUUGAAACGAUAAAAAAAACCUGUAAAAAGUUUUUCGUACGAAGGAUUCAUCGGCAAACCGACGAGUUGUCAGUUUCUGAAAAACUUUCACCAUUUGCUAACUCGAGCAGGGUGGUUUUACAUUUUUCUCAUUUCGCGAAUACGCAGCCCAGGCACACUUUAUGAGCAAGAGUGUCAAGGUUGGAGAAAUUUUACUGAAGCGAGCAACCUUGUGGUGAAGUUGAAAUUUGAGGAAAAUGGUGUAACGAAACGCUCAGUUUGCCAUUGACAGACGGAGAGGCAAUAAUAACCUUCUUUCGAGUUUUUCGAAUGGGUUCACGAUGUUUAUCGGGUCAGAGGGCAUGUUAUUAGCUUCUGAAAAAGGAAUGAAGCGACCCUAAAGUUUUUUUCGGUACUCACGAGUUCGUUGUGCUGAUUCCUAAAAGUAUCCUCGUCGCUUUUAGAGGCUCGGUCCAUGUUGUAAUUGGAUUUUCGAAAGGUUCGUUGUCUCUCGCGUUAUUCCCGAAAUUGCGUAGGUGACGUCUUGUUUUUGGCGCACUUCCGGAUAAUCGGGGGAUGGAGGCGUGCUCAUGUCACGAAAAAUUUAAAUCGUUCGCAUAUUCUUGAUUCUCUCGCUUCCUUGACUUCCGGCUUUCUGCGUGUGACUGUGGGCUGGCUUCCAGGUGUGCGCGUGUGUGUCUCGCACUAAUUCAUCGAUGCGUGAAUUUUUGAGCUCUGAACGAAUACGAUUGUGUAUCAAACGCGUUUAUCGAUUAUUUAACCGCGACAAAUUUGUUCCGCUUGAAUUUUCCGGAAAUUGAUUCAACCGAGAAAGUUAACAAGACACGCGAGAGGUCGAUCUGAUAUGUUAUUACGGAAAUGUGUGGUGCCAGUUAAGAUUAGACAUUUUGACGGUUCGAAGGGAGAGAAAACAAAAGAAAUGGUCCCGAAAUAAUAUCGAUGGGACAUCGACAACGGCCGGGAUGACGAUUUCUCUGCUGGAACGGAAAGCCUUAGCUGCGCCCCGAAGUCAAACGAAGUGCAAUCACUGAGGAACCACUGAAAGGGAAUCUUGGACUAAUCGUUUGUUGUAAAGUUAGACCAAUCUGAUCAAGUCACUCGACAAGUGGACAACUUUACAGUCGGUAUAAUUGGACGUUGAAACAACAAUUCAUGACAACAUCGAACGAAUUUACCGUUGCACAAAAUCGACAUUGCUUUUUUCAUUUGACUACGAUCACCGAGCUCAUUUUUGAGAUAUUUGAUACCGUGUAUAAAUGUACGGGUAUUCCAGGAGGCUUAUUGUCAGAGUCCUUAAAGUGGUGAAAUUUGAGUCCUCGCUCUGAAAGCAAACGUCGUUGGCAGUGGUGAACGUAACGAGACGACAAUGAUUUUGGCGAGGACGAAAAGAAGGAUGACCAACCUGUAACCUCGUUGAUCAGCGAUGUAGGAGACGCGAAUUAUUCGAUCGUUGACUUUAUCAGUGUAGCCAUAACCGCCAAUAACGGUACCGUUUUCGAAUCGCUCCUCCGAUCUGAAAUGUUCGUUGCCAGCCGAGUCGAAAACGUUGUCGAAUCCGAAUGAAAAGGAACCGAAACCCUGAGGAAUAAACGUAAUUAUUGAGCACGUUGAUUUUGACGAAGAAUCAAAUGUUUUUGGAACCUUUCAACUUAUUUGGCAAGGGAUAGAAGCGAGUUAUUGACCGUUAAAAAUAAUGGACGUUAAGUACGUUUGGCUCACGAACGCUGUACGUGGACCACUCGGCUUCUGACUCACGGGGGGCCUCGAGCCUCCAAUUUUCUUUCGUAUCAUCUUCGAAUAAUCUGCGCCCCUUGACGUGGUUAAAAACAUCGAUUUCGCUGUUUUUCGGGUAUUCGAGCGUCGGUAAAUUUUCGAAAUUAAUGAAUCGCCCACUGGAGGAAUCCAAAAUCCACAAAACUGUGAUUACUUUGUGAAUCUAGAACAAUUUGAAAAUUCAUUACACUAUAAAUUCUUCUACUCAUUCUAUUUAUGAAAAAUCUUUCUUCCCAAAGCUCCGACAAGAUUCAUGGCUUAAAUGAUUUUUAGAUUUGUUUUUUCGUCGAUAUACAUUAGGAUAAAUUAUCGUUAUUUAUCACCAUUUGUCAAAAUUUUUAUUUUACCAUUUCUUUCAUUCCGAAUUAUCCACACAAAUGGCCAAUGGAAAGAUGAGCAGUGAGGAGGGAAUGAAGAAAAUCGUGCACUUCUAUCGUCGUUCCUCUCUCGAGCAGCUUCGUACUGUGUUUACCCACGAAAGCUGCUUAUUAUAUGCCCUUGACUGCAGUCAAAUAGUUCCCUCUCCAGAAACGCAAACAGCAAAUUCAGUUUGAAAACGGGACAGUUACCCCCGCAUUUUCCCUCCCAGAUGGCAAAACAAAGAAUUGAAAGGUGCUGGAGAUUCUCUCCAGAAUCUGAAAGGGGGUAUUUGAGAGUCGAAAGUAAAAACAAUUUUUGACCUUCCAGAUCAUCUUUUCCCCCCAAUCAGUUUCUGUCUCCAUGGAUUUACUAAAAUAAAGUAGAUGAAAAAUGAAUGGAACCAGACGUUCAAUCUGCGUGGUUAUAACAUUUCGUCGUUAAAAUCAAAGGUUCGCGGAACAUCUUUUCUCCGGGAUUCACGGGCUGUAUAUCGAGUAGUUUUAUGAAUCGGAGGGCUCUGAAUAUGCACGUAGAGUAGGUUGAAAUUUACGAGAUAAACAUAAAAGGCUUUGAGUGCCCGCAUAAUCCCAUUCAACCGUACAAAAUACAAGCUUCUCUUGCCUUACGGACUCCAAGACUGGACAUCUUUCAGUUUAAAAACUGUUGGUGCAACUUAACGAGGAGAUUGGCCAUAUUUUAUCGACAAUAUUUUAUCGUGCCUCUUGGAUUAUUUCACGACCCCCCUUUUUUUCUGUUUAUUAUAACAAACGGAAAACACAAUCGUCAUUUAGGAAGUAUUAAUUUCAAACCAAUUUCUGUAAAUUCCAACAGUUCAUUUGCAAAAAAUAUCAAUGAAAAGUGAUUUUCUUAGUAUUUUAUGGUUUUUUCGAUUUUUCAUACUUUCUGAACCUUUGAACGAUUUUUACUUUAAAAAAAGGCAAGAAGGAAGAAGAAAUAGGAAAAAAGAUCGAAAUCCCUGUGGUCAGCCAUACAGCGGUUGUUACAAUCUCGUGGUUUCACCGUCACGUUCAGACGAUACAACUGAGAUGAUCAAAAGCGGUAUGAUAAAUUCCGGUCACGUCUCGCUCCCAUGCCUGAAAAAUAUCCUAUCGAAAUUUUUGCAAAAGUUAUCUCCGACCAUAGGAAUUUCCCACGUUAAACAUUCUUUUUUGCUAGAGAGUAAAAAAAUCACACAAAAGAUAGCGAAUUUCUGCAAAUUAGUUUGUUUUUUACUUCACUAAAGUUGUUUUCAGCCCUCGAUUGAUAAACAAUGAAAUUUGUUAAAUAAACAAUUUUUUUUUUCACAACGUGAAAUUUAAGGAGACUUUGGAAGCGAGGGAAAAGGCAUUUUAUUCGAAAAACUUCAAUCCCGACUAACGAUCGAACGAUAAUUGCCAAAUUUUUUUCAUACAUAAUUUUAUUUCAAUUUCGAGCCUGCAUGCCAAUAAAAACUGUCAUUUCUGUUGAAGAGUCUGUGAAAUGAGUUCGUCUUACAAACUUUCAAAUGAUUUUCAAAACUAAUUUGAAUAAAUAAUAAAAUAUAAAUAAAGAGGAAGAUGAAAUAAUCGAAUUGUUCAUUUUCACUAUUUUCGUUCUUCAUCUUCCUUUAUUCGCCACUGUUUCGUAGAUCACAAAAAAAAGUCAUGAAAAACUGAAAGAGAAAAAUGUAUGCGGAGUAUUCUUUUCGAUUCACUGUGUUAUGCGAUGGAAUAAAAAAGAAGUCUGAAGCGUUAAAAUGACGGGAAAGUCGUGUGAAAUGACUCGCACGUUGCGAGAGACCAUUAGAAAUAUUUAUAUAACAAAUGGAACGAUUCACCGAAUAUGAAAUAGUUUUUUGUACGGCCAUUCCUAUAUAUACGGAUCAUGUACGUACAUCUGUAUACAUAAAAAAUUACAUUUUUAUGUGUACACAUGUAAAUACGCAACUUACUUUUAGAAUGUGUGUAAAUAAGGCUAGAUGAAUUCAUCUUUUUAGAAGAUUUAAAGUUUCUAACGUUAUUUACAAAUAUUAUCAUCAUUAUUAUGAUUUAUCUACGAUCUAUGAGUUUACAUAGUAAUAUCAACUUUUCAUAGGAAUAAUGUACGUCGAGUUAUACUUUUGAACAAAUGAGAGAACGCUCGAAAUAUAAUGCGACACGGUUUGGGUGUACACAAAUUACAAAGCUGUUUCCACUUC